AUGCAGUUCGGUUUCGCGGCUCUGGAAGUGGGCAGUAUCCGACCGAAGAACACGAAGGCGGUGCUCUUGAAGAACACCACCGAUGCUGCGAUUGGGGCGUUAGUGUGGUGGCUUGUCGGGCACGGAGUGGCGUUCGGGGAGGGCAGCAAUUUCAUCGGGGAAACGCAAUUCGCCUUCUCUCCAGAGCUCGAUGAGGAGCGAAUCGGGGAGGUCGCCCUGGAGUAUGCGCGGUGGAUGCUGCAGUGGGCGUUCGCAGCAACGAGCACGACCAUCGUCAGCGGAGCCAUCGCCGAGCGAGUCGCCUUGCACGCAUACUUGAUAUACGGAGUCAUCAUCACUUCCUUGAUAUACCCCGUUGUGGCCCACUGGGUGUGGGCCCGAAGCGGGUGGGCGAGCUCGUUUAGGGCCGACGGGGAUCUGCUGGUUGGCUGCGGCGUGGCUGAUUUCUCAGGGUCUGGGGUAGUCCACCUGACAGGGGGGUUGAUGGCGCUAGUUGCGGCGUUCUGCGUACACCCCCGGGGAGGCAGGUUUGAUGCGGAGGGUAAACCCCGUCGCUUGGAGAGACAGAGUCCUGCUCUGAACGUGCUGGGGACGCUGAUACUGUGGGCGGGCUGGUUUUUCUUCAACGCCUCUGGGGUGGCGUCAUUUAGCAGGCAGCCCGAUGAUGCGGCGAAAUCUAUGCUGAACACGGCGGUGUGCCCUUCGGCAGCCGUGGUUGUGACGAUGCUCAUUCACUGGAUGUACCACCGCAGCUUCGACCCGUUCAUGGCAACGAAUGGCAUGCUGGGAGGCCUCGUUGCGAUCACCGCCUCAUCCCCUUUGGUGCAAGCGGAGGGGGCGUUUGUCAUCGGUGUUGUGUCCGGAGCGCUGGUGUUUUACGGCAGCAAGCUCUUGCUAAAGUUCAAGAUCGAUGACGUGGUGGACGCGAGCGUGGUGCAUGGGCUGUGCGGGCUGUGGGGCAUGGUAGCGACGGGCCUGUUUACCACCAGGCUAGGCUACGCAAGAGCCUACGCCGAGGACCGAGCUGACGAGUGCUGCGGAGUGUUCUACGGCUGUUCUGGCAGCCUUCUAGCGGCGAACAUGAUCUUCGUGUUGGCACAAGUGGCAUGGGUUGGUGGCACAGCGGUGGUGCUCUUCCUCGGCAUCAAGUACUCGCUAGGCCUAAGAGUCAACACUAUCACGGAAGAGGAGGGGAUGGAUAAGACAAGACAUGGGGGUUACCAUGGAGGUGCUACGACCAUGGGCAGUACCCCUGGUGCAGCGAUGGAGGCUGUACGUCGACUAAGCGGAACGGACCAAAGACAAUCCGCGGUGGCGUUGGCUUCCACCAGCAAUGUCCUAGCGUAAGGCAAUCACCGACGUACGAACGCUGGGGAAGUUUUUUGGGCAACCCAUAAGCAGCUCGCCGCCCGGUUCUCACGCAGUGAACCGUUGCGGUGUGACCUCUUUACACCGCGACGCCGAGUUAUUACAAUACUUGCCGGAUGUACACGGCUGUUGUAGCCUCCCCCGAACCCCAUGAUGUUGGUCAUGGCUCUGGAUGUAAUGCGGGACGCAUCUUGGUUGCGUGUUUGGAUGUUUCUGUCGGCUGCUAUAGUCUGUCGGCUGCUAGGCCCGGUCUGUUUUGUCCUUUUUCGAGGGCGUUGUGUCUUUUGUGACUUUAGAAGGGGAGUCGUGCACAGUUUUCAAAGGUCGCGACUUUCAGGCACGAGGUAUUCGCUGGGUGCGCGAACUAGCGGUGUCUGCGAAAUGUAACCGAUGGACUCUUCUCUGUAAAUAGUUCCACUUCAACCUUUGUUGCAUACAACCUACAAGCACAUGUUAACCUGCUGCUUGCUGCAUUGUUUCCGUUGCAGUUGUCUUGGAUUUUUUGUCUCCAAACGGUUUUGUUGAUCGUGAUGUCCAUUCUACAACUGUCGGAUGUGUCGGCCUGCCGUGACAUAUUUAGGCAGGAAGAACACCACAUACCAGCAUGCUGUGGGAAGUACUUGUGUUCUUCGCGCUUGACAGGUGUGCUAUUGCCCACCACGUACACACGGUGUGCUAGAUUGCUGUGUCUCUCAAGGGCGAAUUCUUCCGUGAAGGAAGUCCCUUCGAUUUGAUUGCUGUGGCGAUGCUCGCUCGUUUGCAAAGAGCGCCGGGCUCGACGUAGGCAGCGAAAUCAUCACUUCGCCGCAUCACAAUUGUUUGCUUGAUGUGGAUGAAACCCAUCCUCGUACACGUACCAAGUUCAUGCUGUGGACGUCAUUCUCGGAAGUGAGCAGCCAAACGCCGAGACAGACGACUUAUGAUGAGUGUUAUGCGUUUGCGCAGGGCGGUGUCUGUUUCGAACCUGUGUCUAUGUCUCGUUGCUACUUGUGAAAAUUGGGGUGGUCUGUGUUCAACAGUCAACCCCAUGGUUUCCAUCUACACGCCGGUGGGUUGCUCGCCUUCCCUACCGUUUCUCCGCGUUCUUGUAUUUUUAUUCUUCGUUUUCAGUCGUAAGUUUUGAAAGACAUUCUGGGUUUCAUUCCGACUUGUUGGACGUGGCGAGAGGUUCGUGCGCGGCCGUACGCAAAGCACUCGGUUUACGAGGUAUUCGUAUUCAUCCAGCUCACGCGACUCAUUCCCACUUUGGUGCUGCUGGCCGCUGCC